AUGGCGUCCCCUCGCCCCGCUCACCUCCUCCUGAGCAUCACCACUCUGCUACUCCUCUGUCCUCUGACACGUACAACCCCGCCACCUUCACCUCCACCGUCGUCCAACGCCAUCCCCCCGUCCCCUGCUCCGUCGCCGCCCACGCCGACGCUACCACGAGGCUUGCCACGGCUGAUACCGGCGUGGUCGCUGCCCGUGAACCCGUUCACGGCGAAGGCGGCGUUCAUCCGGUACUGGAGCCGGAAGGUGCGCAGCAACCGCCCGCACCCGGCCUUCUUCUUUGCCAAGCUCUCCCCGCUCUCGGCGCCGGACGCCGCUACGUUCUCCACCCUGGCCUCCGCGGGCAAGCUUGCCUCCCGCCUCCGUGACUUCUGUGCCGCAGCGUCCCUGCUUUGCCCCUCGACCCCAGCGGCGUCCUGGUCGGCGUCCUCCUCGACCGUGGAGGGUGCCGCCGCCGCCUCUGGCGGUGCUGGCGCCGCCGCGCCGUUCAAGAACUACGAGAACGGCAACUUCAGCAGCUACGGUAACAGUGGAGGCGGCGGCGCCGACCAGUUCGCUCUCUACUCGAGGGCGAAGAGCAACCCCGUCGACUCGUUCCGGCGGUAUGGCAAGGGCUCGUUGGGGCGGAACGACUCCUUCACGGGCUACGAGGCUGAGAACAACAUUGGGACGUCCAGCUUCAACUCGUACACCACCGGUGCCACCGGCGGCGCCGGGGAGUUCGCCGGCUACGCCGGACAGACCAACACGGUGGCCGUGACCUUCGCCACCUACGACACCACAGGCAACGGCCGGGCCCGCGAGUUCGCGGCGUACGCGCAGGACGCGAACUCCGGCAUCGAGAGCUUCACCGGGUACGGCAAAACCGCGAACGGUGCGGGCGAGUCCUUCAAGACCUACGGCAACAACUCCAACACGAUCGCUUCCGGCUUCAUCAACUACGGCGAGAAGGCAAACGACUUCAACGACACGUUCACGUCCUACGGCCUCGAGGGGAACGCGCCCGAGAACAUGUUCCGGAGCUACGCCUCCGGCAGCAACGCCGGCGUCGACGAGUUCAAGGGGUACAGGGACGACGCCAACGUCGGCGACGACAGCUUCACGUCCUACGCGAACAACGCCAAUGGCGCGGCCGCCGACUUCAACAGCUACGGCAAUUCGGUCAACCCCGGGAGCGUGGCGUUCAAGGGGUACGGCCAGGGCUCGAACCCCAACCACCGCAUCGGGUUCACGCACUACUCCGGCGACAACACAACUUUCAAGGCGUACUCCAACGAAGGCGUCGAGUUCAAGGAGUACCAGAACAUGUCAAAGAUGGAGGUAUCGAAGACGGCCGCGGCGGCAACGGCGCCCGGGCACCGGCUGACGAAGUGGUCGCCAGAGCCAGGGAAGUUCUUCCGGGAGAGAGACCUCAUGAUGGGAAACCGAAUGCCAAUGCCGGACAUCAGCGACAAGAUGCCGCCACGGGCGUUCCUGCCGAGGGACAUCGCCGCGAAGAUACCCUUCCAGGCGGAAGCCGUGUCGGCAUUGUUCGGAGCGCCACGGGGCACAGCAAUGAGGCAGGUUGUGGAGUCGACGGUGGCCGAGUGCGCGCGCCCACCCAGCCGGGGCGAGACCAAGCGGUGCACGACGUCGGCCGAGGACAUGCUGGACUUCGCCGUGGAGAUUCUGGGCAGCAACAUCGCUGUGCGCAGCACGGAGUCCACGGUGGGCAGCGGCAGGGACGUCCGGCUCGGCAAGAUCACGGGCAUCGCCGGCGGCGGCGUGACACGGUCCGUGUCGUGUCACCAGAGCCUGUUCCCGUACCUAGUGUACUACUGCCACUCAGUGCCACGAGUCCGGCUGUACGAGGCCGACAUCCUGGACGUCGAUUCCAACCGGAAGAUCAACCAUGGCGUGGCCAUCUGCCACCUUGAGACGUCUGAUUGGAGCCCGAAUCACGGGGCGUUCAUCGCGCUCGGUGGGAAACCCGGUGAGAUCGAGGUGUGCCACUGGAUCUUCCAGGGAGACAUGACUUGGACCGUUGCUGAUUAG